AUGCUCUCCAAUCUUUUUGGUUCGGCCUUAGGAGCGACAGAAGCGCCGACAUCAGAAAUCGCGACCCCCGCCCCACCAAACUUCAGCGCAACUACCACCGCAUCCGCUGGCCUCUUUGGCCUACUCGGGCAACAGGGUGGAAAUCAGGCAGGCGCCAACGACCCGUUCAGCUCGUUGUUGAAGCUGUUCAGCCUUGCGCCCCCUGCCCCCGCUCCAGAAGCCGGGACGCCAGCGGCAACGUUAGCGACAGCAGCGCCUUGGACACCUCCACCUCCCGUUACGCAGCCACCCCCUACUACCACUACGUCAACGCCAGAACCUGAUAUCUGUGUUCUGCCACCACUUACUGGGAAUUGUCAGCGGGCUCGGAUAAUGUGGUACUUCGACAACGAAACCCGAGCCUGUGAGCGCUUCUCGUUCUCCGGCUGCGGAAACUCGAAUCGCUUUGAGAGCAAAAGGGCCUGUGAAGCGCGAUGUCUACGUUUGGUG